AUGUCGCAAAACGAUAUAAGUGAUGAUGAAACCGGCCUGCAAACGCCACAAGUGUUCCUCAGCGCGACGACUUCUCAGGGUGGCCGUCACAAUUCAGAGGUACAAGCGAUUCGAGUUGAAAUUUUCGCUGAAUCUCUUCAGCGGAUUCCGUUUGUAGUCCUGGGGGUCUAUUGCAAUCUGCGAUAUAAUUCCGUAACAAGUGUCCUCAAAGUUAUUCGCAGCCCAAUCAGUCCCUGCUCCUCUGUUUCGAGCUCCGUGAUAUUCGGACAGAUCCCCGAUGAGGUGCUCCGCGCCUGGGGCCAAUUGCCGGAGGCGAUUCGCCUGGAUCCGAGCUUGGCGGUCUUUCAAAGGGAAUAUGAUCGAAUAGCGGAAAUGAGAUCUCCAAACUACACGAAGAGAGACUGCCUGGUCGUGAACAUGUCUCUCGGGACACAGCCCGUGAUACCGACCAGCACGCAAAAUCAGAGCAACGUCGACGAGGAUGGGCAGGACGUGCAGACGCAGGAGAAGCAGAAACCGUUUUGCCGUUACGUGAAGUUAAUCGUGCUCUCCUGCUGUUGGCUACUGUUCACAGUGAUACUGAUGUUCAAGAACGAAAAGACCGAGAUGAUGCACCAGCUUUCUGUCUCCAGUGGAGACAGCAAAAAUUACCGAAUCAACGAGCACGUUACAAGCAAGCUGAUCAGCGUGACGAUGGAAGGGCCAUUGUUGCCAUUAACCAUUAGAAAUUUACCUGCAAAUUUAUCGACGCAAUAUUUAAUGGUGUGGCUGCAGCUUCUGGUGGACGGGAAAACCAAUUCAUGGCUCUCCCCUACCGAACUGGAGAAUUCGAAGCUGCAGAACGUAAGCGACGUGUGGAUAUUGCCGGUACUGCCCGAAAAUCUGGUGAACAUCUUCCCCGAUCAGAGGUACCAGAAGACCUUCCAAUUAAACGUCGACGUACGGACCCUAUCGCACGGCGUGAUGUUCAUCAAGCUAUGGACGAAUUCGGAGUCAAGUCUUUCGUUUUCGAUAGCUUACAAUCUGUCGCCGAUAGACACCGAUACCGGUAUACCAUACGCUGCUGGUAUCUUGAUCGGUCUAUACGUCAUGAUUAUUUUCGAGGUUGUGCACAGAGCUCUGGCUGCCAUGCUGGCAUCUACAAUGUCCAUCGCGACACUGGCCGCUCUAAACGAGCGACCGAGUAUGGACGAACUGAUCUCUUGGAUAGAUAUAGACACGUUGCUGUUAUUGUUCUCCAUGAUGGUGCUGGUAGCCAUCAUUGCUGAGACUGGGGUGUUCGACUGGUUGGCGGUCUACGCUUACAAAAUAACCAGCGGAAGAUUGUGGCCCCUGAUAAUGGCUCUCUGCUUCUUCACCGCGUUUCUUUCGUCGCUGCUGGACAACGUGACGACCGUGCUGUUGAUGACUCCGGUAACCAUUAGAUUGUGUGAAGUGAUGGAGCUGAACCCGGUGCCAAUCUUAACCGCCAUGGUGGUUUAUUCCAACAUCGGAGGUGCCAUGACACCGGUCGGCGAUCCGCCGAAUGUCAUCAUCGCUUCCAAUCGAGACGUUAAAGAUGCUGGAGUGAAUUUCGGUACGUUUUCGUUGCACAUGAGCAUCGGCGUGAUACUGGUGUUGAUCAUAGUCAGCGCGCAAAUUCGUUACAUUUUUCGAGACGUCACGGUCCUCAGAUUCGACGAGCCACAAGACGUACAGGAACUGAGGCACACAAUCGCCAUUUGGCAACGAGCGGCGGCUAGUCUGUCCAAUUACAGCAAGGACGAGAAUUUAGUGAGAGAGACGUUGCUGAAGAAGGUGCAACGUCUGUUGUCGCAGCUGAAGAAGAAGCUGAUUACGGGGAGCGCGGCGUUAGAAAAGUACAAAACCACGCUCGAGGAACUACAAGAAAAGUAUCCUAUUAGGGACAAGUGGUUGCUAGUGAAAUCGGGAUGCGCGCUAGCCUUCGUGAUCACGCUUUUUUUCCUACACAGUCUGCCUCAUUUAAAUCUGUCUCUGGGCUGGAUCGCUCUGAUCGGCGUGUUACUGCUUCUAAUAUUGGCCGAUAGUGAGGACUUUGACGGUCUCAUGGCGCGCGUCGAAUGGAGCACCCUGAUAUUCUUCGCGUCCUUGUUCAUCCUCAUGGAGGCUCUCUCGCGUUUGGGUCUCAUCAUGUGGAUUGGCAAAAAAACCGAGGCUUUCAUUCUAACGGUCAACGAGGAGUCCCGAUUAGCGGUUGCUAUAUUGCUGCUGCUUUGGGUGUCGGCUCUAGCUAGCUGUUUCGUCGACAACGUGCCGCUCGCUACCAUGAUGGUGAGAAUCGCAACGAAUCUCGCCCAAAAUCGCGAGCUCGAUUUGCCUAUGCAGCCUCUAAUAUGGGCACUGACGUUCGGAGCUUGUAUGGGAGGAAAUGGAACUUUGAUUGGAGCUACUGCCAACGUUGUUUGCAUGGGUGUCGCGGAACAACACGGCUAUAGAUUCAGUUUCAUGCAAUUCUUCAGGGUAGGAUUUCCUAUCAUGUUAACGAGUACUAUGACAAUUAUGGUCUAUCUGAUGAUUGCCCACGUCAUCUUCGCCUGGAAUGGAAAAUAAAUAACAAGGACAUAUGCAUGAGGAUCUGUUUAAUGUACAAGAAACACAAUGGUACUUGUACUCAUAAAUAUAUACUUGUUACAUAAUUUUUUAAGAGCGGAAUAUUCAUUAACGCAACAUUACCGAACGUAAAUAAAGAACAUAAUGAACGAUA